AUGGAAAUUCUAUGCAAAAAUGGUUGGUAUCAUGUUCCACGAUCAUUCCUUAAAGAUGGUGAAAACACAUUGGUUUUGUUGGAGGAGAUGGAAGAAAAUCCAUCCUAUGUGAAUUUCGGAACAGUUAGUGCGAGAGCUGCUUGUGGGAAUACUUAUAAGAACCUCACAUUGGAACUACCUUGCCAGAGCAAUUCAAUUUCUGCCAUUAGAUUUGCCAAUUUUCGAGAUCCUCAAGGCAUAUAUGAAAGCACCAACGAUACUGCAACUAUAGACAAGGCUUGCCACAGAUCAUUUCUCUUUUCCUCGUCCUCUAAACUUGAAGACAUGAAGAAAUCGAUUCUUGCAUUGCUUGUGUUGGUUUCCUUUAUCAUUGUGGCGGAUGCUGCUAAUCGUACAGGCUUCAUAAGUAUAGAUUGUGGAGCAAAGAGAGAUUAUGUUGAUGAAUUAACAGGGAUUUGGUACCAAACAGAUGAAGGCUUCAUAGAAAGUGGAUCCAAUCAUGAAAUACCACCCAUCUUUAACAUCAGCAACGAUCUUGCAUACAUGAGGGGUCAGCUAAAAACAUUCAGAAGUUUUCCAGAGGGACAAAGGAACUGUUAUACUUUGAGACCAAUAAAACAAAAGCAGAAGUAUCUGAUCAGAGCUUCAUUUGCUUGUCAGAACUAUGACUCAAAAAACGAGUUCCCAAAGUUUGAUCUCUACUUGGGGGUCAACUAUUGGGCGACAAUUGAAUUGAAUGAAAAUAAAACUUUUGGAUAUAAUGAAAUAAUAAUCCAAGAGGUUACCAAUGGCAUGGUUCAAGUGUGUCUGGUGGACACGGGAGAAGGCAAACCUUUUAUGAACACAUUGGAACUACGGCCAUUGAGAAAUUCUCUCUAUUCCUCUCCAUUUCCCUUAUCUCUUUACACAAGAAGAGAUUGUGGCCCUUCUUCCAGUAUCAACUAUGUCAGGUCCAAGGACGAUGUUUAUGACCGUUUGUGGCAUACAUAUAUAAAGAAUAGUCAGUGGAAUGUCUUAGAAACAGAUGGACAAGUAAAAGUCGAAAAUUCCAAUUAUGAGCUUCCAUCAGAAAUAUUAGUCACAGCAUGUCAAGCCCCGAAUAAUUCCAAUCUCUUAUCUGAGAGUUGGAGUCUUGAUGUAGCAGAACAAUUUUAUCUGUUUCUUCACUUUGCUGAAAUUCAAAAGCUUCCUUCUGGCCAAAAGAGGAUUAUCAAUGUCACUUUUAAUUAUGAAAAUUCCCUCUACGAAGAACUUACCCUUGAAUAUUUGAAACCCGUCACCCUAAAUUCCAACAUCACUACAAAUAACGUUAGAUUCAGAAUUAGGGCAACAGAUGAUUCUUAUGCCCCUCCUAUCCUCAAUGCCUUUGAGAUUUUUAAAGUCUUCCCACAACCAAAUUCCCCAACGGACCCACAAGAUGAUUCGUCCACAAAUAAAUACUUGAAGAUGGAGAUUCCAAAACGAAAGAAUCGAGAAUUCUCUCACUCACAAGUUCUGCGGAUCACCAACAAUUUCAAAACUCUUAUUGGAGAAGGAGGAUUCGGGAAAGUUUACCUUGGGACUCUAGAAGAUAAUUCUCAAGUUGCAGUAAAAUUACUUUCAGAAUCAUCAAAGCAAGGAUACAAGGAGUUUCAAUCAGAGGCUCAGCUCUUGACAGUUAUUCAUCAUAGAAACUUGGUUUCACUUGUUGGGUAUUGCCAUGGAAACAAUAUCAUGGCCUUGAUUUAUGAAUAUGUGGAUAAUGGGGACCUCGGCCAAUUAUUAUCAGAGAAAAACUCAAAUAUUUUGAGGUGGAAACAGAGACUUGAAGUAGCAAUUGACGCAGCGAAAGGAUUGGAAUACCUUCACACUGGUUGUAAUACUCCUAUAAUCCACCGAGACUUGAAACCAUCCAACAUUUUAUUGAAUAAAUCCAUGGUAGCUAAGAUUGCUGAUUUUGGACUGUCUAGAGUAUUUACAAAUGAAAAAGAUACUCAUCUAUCAACUCAACCAGCCGGUACUCCUGGUUACAUCGAUCCUGAAUUUCAAAGAUCAGGAAAACUAAAUAAGAAAACUGAUAUUUAUAGUUUUGGAAUGAUUCUUCUUCAACUAAUAACGGGUCGUCCCCCAAUAAAGAGAGGACCUGAGGAUAUCAGUUUCAUUAUUGAUUGGAUUCAACCGAAAAUUGAAAGUGGGGAUAUUGAAGGCAUUGUUGAUCCAAGAUUAGCUGCAGAAUUCAGUCUUAACUCAACAUGGAAAGCUGUUGAAGUAGCAAUGUCAUGCGUGUUACCACCACCAACCCAAAGGCCAACCAUAAGUUACAUAUUGCGAGAACUACAAGAAUGUCUAGCUUUGGAGAUGGGAAUACAUGACAUGAUGCCAAGAAAUUCAUGUGAUUAUAGUGGCAAUAGUGAGUUAAUCACUGUUCUCUCUGCUAGGAAAGGGUUUCUAAUGCUGAUUCAACUCGGCAUAUUCCGCUGCUCCUUCUUCAUCUUCCUUCUUUUCUCUGCUUCAACCACUCAACUCUGUCAUUUGGGUUUGGUUGUACAUCUUCAUCUUUUGCUUCUAGUUCGAUUCCAUCGCUAUGUGUUCAAGGAAGACGAAGACUUGUCAAUUGCCAUUGGCAAGGUUCGAAGAAGGAAGAUGGAGAUCUGA